UUUUUUCUUUGUUUCAGUCGCUCUUCUGCUCAAUUGAUCUUUUUAAGUUGGGUUUUCUCCAUUUAUGGAAUACCAUUGAUCGAGAUAAGUCUCAAAAAUCGGCGAGUUCGUAACUUGUUUCUGAUCUUUUGGAGAUUCUCCUCUUUGGUCCGAUCAUGGCAGUCGCUGAAAAUGCUGGUGUGAAAGUGGACUCUUCUGGUCAGAAUUUAGACAACAACAACAACAACACUGAUUCUUCAGCAGCCGAGACGAAGCCGCCAUGUCCUGAUGAUCAGAGCCCUAAAUCUGAUUCCUCUCUCGAUUCAUCGAAUCCUCCAACCAGCGAUUCGGCUUUAGAUUCCGACGAUCGGACCAAUGAGUCUGCCAAAAAGGGUCAGACCCCAAAUGGGUUUAACAGAAAUGGUUUCGGGUCGAAAUCGGAGAAUGGUGAGAUAGAAAACAAUGGAGGGAGUCUCAAGAGUGAGAUCAAAAACUUGUCUGAUGCGUUUUCUAAGCUCAAUCCGAUGGCUAAGGAAUUUGUUCCUCCUUCACUGGCUCGAAGUCAAUCUGGGGUUUUGAGAAAUGGACUAGGGUUUAAUAACAAUUUUGCAUCCCAACCUGUUCUCGCAGAUGGGAAUGACAAUUUUGCUAGAAGGAGAAGGAACUUUGGCCAGGGGAAGAGAAGAGUGAACAAAAGAACCAGCUCGGCUCAAAAGGAAGAUGUAAUCAGGAGAACUGUAUAUGUUUCCGACAUCGAUCAACAGGUUACUGAGGAGAAUCUUGCAGGUGUCUUUGUUAAUUGUGGACAUGUUGUUGAUUGUCGUGUAUGCGGUGACCCAAAUUCUGUCCUUCGUUUCGCUUUCAUUGAAUUCACUAAUGAAGAGGGAGCUAGGGCUGCUUUGAGCAUGUCGGGAACGGUGCUUGGUUUUUACCCUCUUAAGGUGCUUCCUUCCAAAACUGCUAUUGCACCUGUUAACCCUACUUUCCUUCCGCGGUCUGAGGAUGAGCGCGAGAUGUGCGUGAGGACUGUUUACUGUACCAACAUUGACAAGCGGAUUACUCAAAUUGACUUGAAAGGCUUCUUUGAAAUGCUUUGUGGAGAGGUUCAUCGUCUGAGGCUUGGAGACUAUCACCACCAAACCCGCAUUGCUUUUGUUGAGUUUGCGAUGGCGGAAAGUGCAAUUGCUGCUCUUCACUGCAGUGGUGUUGUCUUGGGUGCACUCCCAAUAAGGGUAAGCCCAUCAAAGACACCAGUGAGGCCGCAGUUUCCCCGUGCUGAGUGCAACUAAUAUUAUCGCAAAACUCUCGCCGGAAAUCGGAAAAACUUAUGUAGAAAAAGAGAGAGAAAGCAGAAGAAGAAGAAGAAGAAGAAGAAGAAGAAGUCUAAAGAAGAAGGUACUUGAGGCGUUUUGUGUUUAUAUAUCAAUCUUUUAGUUUUCUUUUUUUAAGUUUGCUUCGCAGUCGCAGAGCCUGCCCGGGUAUCUUUGAACAACUUUAAGAACUUUGGUCUAAACUUUCUCCUUUCUCUAGAGUCGCCAAAAACAAAAGAUUGGUUGUUUCUUUCUUUUUCUUUUGUUGUUGUUAUUGUUGAAAUACCCUUUCGGAUAUUAUUUUUUAUGAAUUAAUUUAAGACAUUUGGAGCAA